CUUCUCGUGCAGGCGGUGUGCAGCCACAUUGCACGCAACCACAGCAGACACACACGAGACGCGACGACCGUCACCAUCCCAUAUUGAACCCAUCACAGCCUGCCAGACGUCACACCUCCAACUCCCCCGUUUUGUCAGCGCUGGACAGCCUUGUUGUUGUUGUUGAUGUUGAUGGUGGUGAUGAGCAACGACAAGGUUUCAGCUGCCACUGCCACUGUGGCGGCAGCAACCCAUGACAUUGCACCUGCCACGUGCGACCGCAGUGUGUCUGUGUCGGUCGUGUUGGCAGACGAUGGCGCUGACCGACGCGUUGCCGUUUGCUCCUUUCCUGAUGAAAGUACAGGUGGCGGCCACUACGACGUGUUCCUUCACGUGGACAAAUGCCCACUCCAAGACCAGCCAGCGGCAACAGCCCUGCACCACAUCAACAAGGCGCUGGAGACCAUGGGCACGAGCGUGCGGCUGACCAAGCUCCAGUUCGCCACCGUGUUUCCAAUCACCCGUGAUGAUGACAACGACAAGGACCCUGAGCGGGACUCCGGGGGUGUCAUCCAAGCUCAACGUGGCGACCCGCAUUCACCAUCCUCAUCAGUUGCAGGGACAAAGGUGGAUUCCACCGCCGGGGCUGCCAGCGCACACCUCGACUGGCUGUUCUUUGCAGUCUUGAAGCCAAACGAGCUGGACGACGUCGCGCGUGCGUGCCGGUGUCGUGGCCACGAGGUUGCUUUGCUGCCAGAAGUACGGCUGAGUGCAUCCGCAUACGCGCUGUCAAGCACACCAUGGCUUGCGCGUGCAAUUCGCUCCUUCCACCCGCUGGUUGCGGGGCUGCUCAACACCAGCAAGAAGACCGUGCCCUCAUUCACCACCGCGUUGGACGAGCUGCUGGACUAUCACAUUGUCGAUCCUUGCCUGUACGUCUUUGACAACCCGGGAAAGGGCGUGCGUAGCAAGAGCAUCAAGGCGCUUGCUGACAACUUCCAGAUCCACCCACACGACCUCAAGAGUCUCAUGCAGAGUGUCGACCGCUUCCAUGAGCUCUCGCUCGUCAUUGACGACAUCGAAGACCACUCUACGCUUCGGCGUGACCGUCCCUGUGCACACCUCAAGUUUGGGAUUCCGGCCACGCUGAACAGUGCAUACUUUCUGACGUUCAAGCUGAUCGACAGCGUGCCGCGCUUGUUUCGUCGUCACCACAACAACACCAUCCGUCUGUUGAUUGACGGAACCGUUCGUGCACACCGCGGACAGGGCUUGGAGAUUUACUGGCGCGACAACCAGUACUGCCCCACCGCCGACGAAUAUGUGGAGAUGGUCAAGGGCAAGACGUCGACGCCAUUUGUGUUGUCGUGUCAGCUGUUCUUCCUCCACAGCACAGACUGGCGUGUUCGCCUCUCCAGUGCGCUUGUCCCACCCGCGCAAUCCAUCUGCAACAUGCUUGGGCUAUCCAGGUUUGCGCGGGAAUGGCUGCAGCCACUGCACAUUGAGCAGCGCAUGACGGCGCUCUUUGAGGAUGUUGGUGUCUUCUUCCAGGUGCGCGAUGACCCCGUGUACUGGCUCAAGAAAGGCUUCUGCGACGAUAUCCAUGAGCGGAAGUUUUCAUACCCCAUCAUCCACAUGAUCCAGAACCGGCUGCGCGGAUAUGAGGGCGUGCUUCGCCUCUUCUACGCAGAGCAGGCGCCCUCCUUUGACGAGAUCACACAGGCGCUGGAGACGAUUCAGCAGACAGAAGCGCUCCAGCACACGUUCGACUACCUGGUGGCGUUACGUAAGCGCAUCGACACAGAGGCACGUGCGCUGCAAAUCCAGGCGUUGCUGUCCUUGCUGGAGCGGCUAUCCUUCUCGCCACCGGACCGCAUAUCCACUGAUGUCAUUGAGCAAUUCAGGCCUUGCAACGACAAUGGCACAGCGAAGCAGCACGCACACUGACGGAGCCGUAUCGGCGCGGAGUGAGGUGGUGUGGCUCACUACUGUGGGAAGCGCAGGGCUUGAAGCACCUUUCGUUUGCCAACUCGGCAGUGCUCACACUGUUGAUGUCACUAGUUCUGCGUUGUCAUUGUCGCCCACACCUUCCCCCCUCCACUGCGUCCGCGUGUGUGCUUAUCUCCACCCCACCGUUACACCGCGACAAAGACGCUGCUCUGGUUCAAUCAAGUUAUGAUAAAGAGGCUACACGUUCA